UGGUCUUCGAUCCUGCAGUGUGGGGGGAUCGGGAAGAUGCUGCAGCAGUCAGGCUCGGGGUCUAUUAUAAACAUGCUAAAGACUAGUCUUGAAGUUGAACGGUGAUGAUUUUCCGUUUUGACCCACUCGUACUCCCACGUGAAGAAUUGUGUGUUUGGAAUUAAAUGCUAAUGGAGAAAACAACUGUAAAGAAGUGAAGAAAACAAAAUGUCAUACGAUAUUGUACAUGGUGAUUUUGCAUCAGGUCUGCGUACACGGCUCCAUGAUGCAGCAUUUAACAACGAUGUAGCAUCUUUAAGAUUAAUGGUUCAACAAGGAGUUGCAGUCAACGUUUCUACUAUAGAAGGAACCACAGCAUUACACGAGGCAUGUAGCCAGGGCCAUAUUGGCUGUGUCAAGCUGCUACUGGAAGCUGGAGCGGAGGUGAACGCCAUGACUAUAGACAGCUCUACGCCACUAUGUGAUGCAUCAAGUUAUGGUAACGUUGAGUGUGUGAGACUUCUACUGAGGUUUGGAGCACUCACUAAUCCACCAUUGAAUCUUUCAACUGCUCUUCAUGAGGCGGCCAUGAGAGGCCAUGUAGAUUGCCUACAGGAGCUGGUUACAGCUGGAGGCAAAUUGGAGGCCAUGGAUUUACACUUUGGGACUCCCCUUCACGCUGCCUGCUUCAGAGAGAGCAUCCAAUGCGCCAAGGUGCUACUGAAAGCAGGAGCUAAUGUCAAUGCCCUCAAAAUUCACGCAACGCCCCUCCACGUUGCGGCAUCAACAGACAAUCCUGACCUGACCACCCUACUACUUGACUUUGGUGCAAAUGUCCACUACACAGACAACAGAGGGAGACGGCCAAUUGACAUAGCAGUCGGUGGCAGUGUGGUGGCAGGAAUACUAAGGUCUCAUGCAGAGACAGUGUUACCCCUCACACAGCAGUGCCGUCUCUUGAUACGAAGACAUCUCGGACAUCAGAUUACGGUCUCCAUACACGCCUUAGGAUUACCUACGAUGCUUCAGAAUUAUAUUUGUUUCACGAGGAGGUAACAGGAAGAGGUCGAAGGUGGACUUAAUGCACCGUAUUUUUGGCUGUGUGAGGGCUUGCUCAGGAGUAUAUUUAUCACUUCCGAGGGUAUACGCAAUUUGUGGUGCACAGUUUCAAUAGGCGUUCUGUCACUUUUGUUGCGCCGUAGAUUCAAUUUGCUUUAGAGGUGGGUUGUAUCGGCUCCUUUAAAUGUCUUAUGGUCCGUGAUGGAUUAGAUGACUGUGUUGUUUAUGUGGUCCAGUCUUUAAUAACUGUUUGGGGGAUGAAUGAAGUGAUUGAGAGAGCGCCCUCACAUGGUCAAAAAUAUGGUCCAUUGUCUUUACCUUUUCAAGUAUGGGAGCCCUAUUUCAUAUAGCUGCUUAAGCGGAAAAUAUUUUUGCCACACCUGUGGUUUGUAGCUUGUGACGACUGGCUAUGCGCUCUACUUUCUAAGCCUGAUCGAUUCUGGAAAGUGUGUUGACAUUUGCUUCUUUUACAUUUCAUCUCGCCCUUCGGAUUGGAAUUGGUAGGAAUGGUUAACUGGAAGUCGCAAGUUACGAUUAACCAUUUAUGAAAAUAACUGUAGUUGCACAACUCUACCAAGUGCAGAUAACUGUGGUAUCCAGUGUUAUGGUAAGCAGAUGUUUUUGGCUUACAGAGUGACCCUAUAAGCACAGCUUCUAUUUCAUAAACACUGCUUACCCUACUGCUAGCUUGUCGACAGUUCUCAUAAGCGGAUAAGUAUAACAUAACAAUGCAAAUCCAUUUUGAAUGCGCACAAACACUUGAAAAUAUUUUCAAUCAGGGCCCUGUUUCUUAAAGCUGUUUAGCAGAAAAUUCUGCUUGACAAGUUUCUCAAC